AGAAAGUGCAUGUUUAUUCAGCGCUGGGCAGCAGCGUGAGGUAAUCCUCUAAUACACACUGCAAAAUCACAGGUCAUCACAGAGUCUAUUUAUUAGCAAGGGAUUCAAACAAAUACAUAUUCAUAAUAACAGCCCCUCCCAUCCCCUGCUUCCUAUGAUAAUUAGCUUGAAUAGCUAUUAAGCAUGUGUGAUUGACUUCUUAAAUUAAGUCUGGGGUCGUUUUUGUGGGGAGGGGUCUUAAAAGGAGGAAGUAAGGCGAGUCUUCCUCACCCUAAACUUUUGACCUUUUCUAUCAAUGACAAUACAAAUGAUUUCUGGGGAUAGUCCAAUUUCCCAAAGAAUGGGUUUCUGGUUGCAUUGUCUAUGUUCCUUUGGAUCUGCUCACUAAUUUCGUCUUUUUCCAUUGUAAGCACAGCUAAGCAAACACGAAAUGACAGACAAUCAAUUAUUUAAGUUUCAGAUAACUACUCCCUUCUAACUUUUAAUUGUUUUCAGCAAGGUAACUAAAAUCCUAAUUUUCUAAGAUUGGUGUUUCAGGCAGAGCAGCCCUGCCAGGAGCAGGGGGCAGAGCCAGCAGUGUCCUUUAGCCACAGAGCCCAGGUGUGUGAUAAUUGACAAAUUAUUCGUGUUAAUCAUAGAAGUUUUGGUGUUUGUAUAAACCAGAAUACUUAAAAUAAGAAAAGAACAUGGACCUAGAUAAAGGGAAAUAUAUGCUUAAACCCACUCUAUUUAAAUCUCCCUGUUAUGAAUAUUGUGUAUACCAGUUUGUAAAAGAAAAAAAAAAAAAAGGGGUUUUCCAUAGUCCGAAAGGUUUUUUUGCAGAAUCAGAUUUCCUGCCUUUGUGUAAUUAAUCACAAACUGCUAAAGAUCAGAAUUCCCACUUCUGCUGUUUUUUAUCCACCAAGACCAGAUGGUUACAUGACAAUUGUCCCAAGAGCUGUCCCUCGGAAGUUUGGAAGUUUCUUUGGCCACCACUGCUUACCUUGCAGAAUUACUACAACAAAACAAUAACAAUUAUUGAUUACUUCAAGGAAAACCAGACUAUAAAAAGGGAGCUGCAAACCGAGUUCGGUGGAAGUGUGGAGUGGGCGGUGACCCCUCACGUUUUCCCCAGCGAGGCUUGCUCUGUCUACAUUAAAUAAAGCAAUCUAAAUUUUGCUAAAUAUCGAGACUGUUUCUCAUUUAUAACAGGUGUUCAAUAAAUUAGGAUUGUCCCAAAGAGCCGUCUGAGUGCUCCUGCUGUUCUGCAUUUGACAGGGAGAGGGCUCCUCUCUUCCCAGGAGCUGCCUCAGUGCUGGUUUGGGUUCAGGGUGGGAACGCUGCGGAAUUCUGAACUACUUGAUGUGAUUUGAUUUAAAGUUCUGCUUCUCCUCUGCGGCUGAGCAAGCAUCAGUUUCAACCCUCGCAGGUAUUUUUUCCAAGUGCACCUGCUCCCACAGCCCUCUGUAACCCUGCUGCGAGCGGCAGGGCAGAGGCCCGCAGGGGUUUAGGGGCUGCGCUGGAGGUUUUCAGUCAGACUCUCCCGGCACAGAGCGCGCUCCCCGGACCCGGCGCACUGAGGGCCCGGCGCUGAACGGCGCAUGCGCGGGACGGGCGGGGCGGCCCCGGAGCCUCAGCGCAGGCAGCGCCUCGCGCAAUCUGCGCAUGCGCAGCCCACGGCCUGACGCAAGGCCGCUGCAAUUGCCUGCGCUUUAUCCUGUCCGACCUUGAGUGCGCGGCCGCCGCAGGACCCGGGCUGGCCGUCUCCGCGCCGGUGUGCGCCGCGCCGCUUCACUUUCUCUGUCUCGCCCCGGCGUGCGCCAGCCGGCACAGCGAGCCCUGUGGCGGUGUCGGGAAGUCAGUGUGCAGCUGCGCCGCCAUUUCCGGACUCCGAGCGGCGCGCCGAAAGCGAGGGGCCCGAUCAGGCAUUAUUGGUGACAGCCCGCGGCGGGGGUCCUGCGGCGCGGCUCGGCCCCCCCGUGGCCCACGUGGGUGGAGGUUUCCAGAAGAGCCGCGGCCCCGCGCGCCCCGUUCACCGCCGCCGCCAUGCUGAGCGCGAGUCGCCUGCCGCUGCUGCUGCCGCGCGCCGCGCCCGCGCCGCCCGCGCGCCCCGCGCAGACAUUUUGGAAUGGCCUCAGCCAAAACAUCCUCAGAGCAGCAUCCAGCAGGAAAUAUGCCUCAGAAGCGAUCAAAGGUGCCGUUAUCGGCAUUGACCUGGGCACCACCAACUCCUGCGUGGCCGUCAUGGAGGGGAAGCAGGCCAAGGUGCUGGAGAACUCGGAGGGAGCCCGCACCACGCCGUCGGUGGUGGCGUUCACGGCCGAGGGCGAGCGGCUGGUGGGGAUGCCGGCCAAGCGCCAGGCCGUCACCAACCCCCACAACACCUUCUACGCCACCAAGCGCCUCAUCGGCCGCCGCUUCGACGACGCCGAGGUGAAGAAGGACAUUAAGAACGUCCCGUUUAAGAUUGUCCGUGCCUCCAAUGGGGAUGCCUGGGUGGAGGCUCAUGGGAAGCUCUAUUCCCCCAGCCAGAUUGGUGCCUUCGUCCUCAUGAAGAUGAAGGAGACUGCAGAGAAUUACCUGGGACACACAGCAAAGAAUGCCGUGAUUACAGUCCCUGCUUACUUCAACGAUUCUCAGAGACAGGCUACCAAAGAUGCUGGGCAGAUCGCUGGUUUGAAUGUGCUGAGGGUGAUUAAUGAGCCCACAGCAGCUGCACUGGCCUAUGGGCUGGACAAGUCUGAGGACAAAGUCAUUGCUGUCUAUGACCUGGGUGGUGGCACUUUUGAUAUCUCUGUGUUGGAAAUCCAGAAGGGAGUCUUUGAGGUGAAGUCCACCAACGGUGACACUUUCUUGGGUGGAGAAGAUUUUGACCAGGCUUUGCUACAGUAUAUUGUGAAAGAGUUCAAGAGAGAGACGGGAGUUGACCUGACUAAAGACAACAUGGCCCUUCAGAGGGUGAGAGAAGCAUCAGAGAAAGCCAAGUGUGAGCUCUCAUCAUCUGUGCAGACUGACAUCAACCUGCCCUACCUGACCAUGGAUGCCUCUGGACCAAAGCACCUGAACAUGAAGCUGAGCCGGGCGCAGUUCGAGGGCAUCGUGGCUGACCUGAUCAAGAGGACAGUGGCCCCCUGCCAGAAAGCCAUGCAGGAUGCUGAAGUCAGCAAGAGUGACAUUGGGGAAGUCAUUUUGGUCGGUGGCAUGACCAGAAUGCCAAAGGUGCAGCAGACUGUGCAGGAGUUGUUUGGCCGUGCUCCGAGCAAAGCAGUCAAUCCUGACGAGGCUGUGGCCAUUGGAGCAGCUAUCCAAGGCGGGGUCCUGGCUGGAGAUGUGACAGAUGUGCUGCUGCUGGAUGUCACUCCCCUCUCCCUGGGCAUUGAGACCCUGGGAGGGGUCUUCACAAAGCUUAUCAACAGGAAUACCACCAUCCCAACCAAGAAGAGCCAGGUGUUUUCUACAGCUGCUGAUGGGCAAACACAAGUGGAGAUCAAAGUGUGCCAGGGAGAGAGAGAGAUGGCCAGUGACAACAAGCUGCUUGGCCAGUUCACAUUGGUGGGGAUCCCUCCGGCGCCGCGGGGAGUGCCCCAGAUCGAGGUCACCUUCGACAUCGACGCCAACGGCAUCGUGCACGUGUCAGCCAAGGACAAGGGCACCGGGCGGGAGCAGCAGAUUGUUAUCCAGUCCUCUGGUGGCCUCAGCAAAGAUGAGAUUGAGAACAUGGUGAAGAAUGCAGAGAAGUAUGCGGAGGAGGACAGGCGGAGAAAGGAACGUGUGGAGGCCGUGAACAUGGCUGAGGGCAUCAUCCACGACACUGAGUCCAAGAUGGAAGAGUUCAAGGAUCAGCUGCCAGCAGAUGAGUGCAACAAAUUAAAGGAAGAAAUUGCUAAAAUGAGAGAACUUCUGGCUCGUAAAGACAGUGAAACAGGAGAGAGCAUCAGGCAGGCAGCAACCAGCCUGCAGCAGGCUUCCCUGAAACUCUUUGAGAUGGCAUACAAGAAGAUGGCCUCGGAGCGAGAGGGUUCUGGAAGUCCAGGAGAUCAGAAGGAGGAGAAGCAAUAAGGAGUCUCUGUCUUGCCUUGAUGAGAGAAUGAUGAAGAGGUCGAUUUUCUUGAUGCUUGGGAGAGAAGGGACCUUCCUGAGCAGCAAGGGGCAGAAUUCAGACUUACUGUGUUUUUGCAGUAUUCUAUAUAUAAAAUUCUUCAGUGUAUAAACUUAGUGAUGUGUCUGCUAGAUAAAUUGUCACUUGAUGAAAGUUAAUUCAUGCCAGACAAAGUUAUGAGUUUGGCCCUGACGUGUUCCCCUGAGCACCUGGGGACUGGCUGAUCAUUUAAUACUUGACACAAUGGUGUAGUAAAUCCGAGAUCCAAGCUUGGAAACCAUGUCACGAAAUUGGAGGGUGGAGAUGGAAGCUGUCUGGGAAUGGAGAGGAGAAUAAGGCCUGCAUAGCCCCUCCCUGAGGAGCUGGGAGCAGGUGGAGGUGUGUGAGCAGCAGGGGCAAGGCUGGGAACGUUUCUAGAGACCAUUUAACCCUGAGCUAGGCUGGUACCCUUGUUCUGAAGGAAAGGGGCUACUUCAAACUCAGCUGUAACAUUAUUUCUUACAAAAGAGGCUGUGUGCAAGUUCAAUACUUUGCUUGUCUGAGCCUUCUGCUCCAUCCUGUGUCUGUUCUCUGCUUAUGGUAAAAUAAUUUUCUUGAAAAUAAAACUGUUACUGGAUCCAUUCUGGAUUUUUUUAAAAUAAAAGCAGAAAAGUGUCCAACAUGGA